AAACUUUAAAGGAAUCAACUAUUUUACGAUAGUGCAAUAUUGGUGCACAUUAUUAAUCCAAUAUGAGCUUAAGAUUGUGUUUAAGACCGAUGAGUUAUUUCAUGAUAAGAUAAAAAUCUCCAAUUAAUCGAAUCACAUUUUCACCUGCUCGAAGAUAAGUUUCAAUUGCUAGUGCUAUUAAUUAUUGUUGUUUAAAUUUAUCACCAAAUUUGUGUCUAUAGUAAUAACAUUUCCUUUCUGUAUACUGUCAUGCCGGUAACGCCCUAUAAACUGUAAGAAUUAGUCAUUUCACGGAAUGUGUGAUAUAAAUAUAAUUUGAAUAUAGAAAGUGAAGAGUUGCGAAACAUAUACGACUCUUAUUUGAUAAAAUGGAUAGCAAAGGAAGAAAGAUUAUUGUCUGUGAUAAUGGAACGGGGUUCGUCAAAUGCGGAUAUGCGGGAGCAAAUUUUCCUGCACAUAUAUUUCCUUCGAUAGUUGGACGUCCAAUCAUAAGGGCUGUUAAUAAGAUAGGAGACAUCGACGUGAAGGAUGUGCUUAACAUGCCUGACUUAAUGGUUGGAGAUGAAGCAAGUAAACUUCGUUCUAUGUUAGAAAUUAGUUAUCCCAUGCAAAAUGGAAUUGUUAGAAAUUGGGAGGACAUGUGUCAUGUUUGGGAUUAUACAUUUGGAAAAGAAAAAAUGAACAUUAAUCCUAGAGAAUGUAAAAUUUUGCUGACUGAACCACCAAUGAAUCCUAUCACGAAUAGAGAGAAAAUGAUCGAGGUGAUGUUUGAAAAAUAUGGAUUUGCUGGAACAUAUAUUGCAAUACAAGCUGUACUUACAUUGUAUGCUCAAGGAUUGAUUAGUGGUGUUGUGGUAGACUCUGGUGAUGGAGUUACACAUAUUUGUCCAGUAUUUGAAGAAUAUGCUUUGCCUCAUUUAACACGUCGAUUAGAUAUUGCCGGUCGUGACAUUACUAUGUAUUUAAUAAAAUUACUUUUAUUACGUGGAUAUGCCUUCAACCAUUCUGCUGAUUUUGAAACAGUAAGAAUGUUAAAAGAGAAAUUAUGUUAUAUUGGAUAUAAUAUUGAAACUGAAGAAAAAUUAGCUCGUGAAACGACUGUUUUAGUAGAAUCUUAUACACUUCCAGAUGGUCGAGUAAUAAAAGUAGGUGGUGAAAGAUUUUCAGCACCAGAAGCAUUAUUCCAACCGCGUUUAAUAAAUGUUGAAGCUCUGGGAAUUGCAGAGCUAGUAUUUAGUACAAUUCAAGCAGCUGAUAUUGAUAUCAGAAGUGAACUGUAUAAGCAUAUCGUUCUUAGCGGUGGCAGUACAAUGUAUCCAGGGCUUCCGUCUAGACUCGAACGAGAGAUCAAGCAACUUUAUUUGCAGAAAGUUUUAAAAAAUGAUACAUCCAAACUUAAUAAAUUCAAAAUCAAAAUCGAAGAUUCACCGCGACGCAAAGAUAUGGUUUUUAUGGGUGGUGCUGUAUUAGCAGAAAUAACAAAGGAUCGAGAUUCUGUAUGGAUAACGAAAGAAGAAUAUGAAGAGAAAGGUCUUAGUGUAUUAAAAAAAUUAGGAUCCUAUGAAUCUUAAGGAUAUGUUAUGUUAGUACAAGGUGCAACAUGAAACAAAGUAAAUUUUUUCAGACUAAAAGUGAUGCAAAUGCCAUUGAAAAAUAGUCAAGUUGUUUUACAGACUACAAAUUACUUGAACGAUAUAAAACAGACAGAGUGCUUGAGUUUGCUGUAAGGGCUAUGUCAUGCCAAAUAGAAUAUUUAUUUUGGUUAUGCAGAUUAGUGCAAUUAAUAGAGCUAUAUAAUCAACUGUAAGAUCUUCAUAUGGAUGCGAAGAAUAAAUGAAUUUUUAUUUUAAGUACAUGCGAUAAUUAUCAGAGGAUCAUUAAAAUAUAGAAAUUUUUUACUUGGAACACACAAAAUGGUUAUUUUAUACUGUAUACAAAUUUUAAUAAUCCGUAUCUCUGGAGCUCUUAUUUAUAUGCAUUCCAGAAAACGAAUUUUGUAAAUAUAGCUUUUAUAAAUAUCAUUUUUUGUUUAGUAAAGUUUUACAUUUAUUGUUGAAGCCAUAGCUUCUCUGCCAAAAUAAUAAGUAAGAAAAGAGAACAGUUUCCUAUAGAUCUAACUUCAGUAAAAUGAACUUGAUAAAAUCAGUGCAAUGGCUGAAAUUGUUAUUGAUAAAGAAACACAUAGGCAUUGAUUUAAUUUAUCUUUUUAAGGUUCACAGUGGAAAGCAUUUUUUUUUAUAACAAAACACAAGUAUUUAUGUGUUUCAACAUGCAUCAUAGUAAUUUAUUCAUAGUUUGAAAA